GUCAAAGACAGAUCUUUGAAGCCAUUUCGGCCAUUGUGGAAAGUGGAAAGGACCUCGCCAAGAAAGGACAAAAUAAAGCGUUGAAAGGCAGAGAAAAAGGACAAGACAACAACUGUCGAAUCUGCCAGUAACUCGCGAUUGUAGAGAUGGUCCAAUCGUGCUCUGCUUACGGAUGCAAAAACAGAUAUCAUAAAGACAAAAACAUUUCAUUUCACAAGUAAGUUCAACUCCGACCUCAACACGGUCACUCUACAGAAAACUAGCAUGAUCAUACAUGCUCGAACUGUCUAGCGUUGUCUUGCUUAAUAUCUAGCCAGUUAGCUAGCUAUUAUCACAGCUUUCGCACAGUUGUUGAGAAUCGCAAGAUUCCCCAUGACCUAGCCUCGUCGCGAACCAGGCUUCACUAAAACGGGAUACGUGACAACGACGUGAUUUUGGAGGUAUGGCAACUCGAGGCUACCCAUAACCUAGCUAACUAGCUUCUGUUACCUUAGUUGUAAUUGGGUUCAACGCGUCGAAAUAGUUACCCAUCAUGGCGCUGUUAGUGUUGCUUAUAAAUAGUAGAUUUCAAUGUUAUUGCUUCCACUCACUGAUAUCUUGUGAACGUUUGCUACGUUCCAUCAUGCAUCAGACAGGUGCUACGGUCCAUCAUGCAUCAGACAGGUGCUAUGGUCCAUCAUGCAUCAGACAGGUGCUACGGUCCAUCAUGCAUCAGACUGGUGCUAUGGUCCAUCAUGCAUCAGACAGGUACUACGGUCCAUCAUGCAUCAGACAGGUGCUACGGUCCAUCAUGCAUCAGACAGGUGCUACGGUCCAUCAUGCAUCAGACUGGUGCUACGGUCCAUCAUGCAUCAGACUGGUGCUACGGUCCAUCAUGCAUCAGACUGGUGCUACGGUCCAUCAUGCAUCAGACAGGUGCUACGGUCCAUCAUGCAUCAGACAGGUGCUACGGUCCAUCAUGCAUCAGACAGGUGCUACGGUCCAUUAUGCAUCAGACUGGUGCUACGGUCCAUCAUGCAUCAGACUGGUGCUAUGGUCCAUCAUGCAUCAGACUGGUGCUAUGGUCCAUCAUGCAUCAGACUGGUCCUACGGUCCAUCAUGCAUCAGACUGGUGCAACUGUGGGGAUCUAUUUUCUUAUAACUAGAUGUGAUGCCUAGCUUAGAAAUAAUACAUUAAUGAUUAAACAUAAUAGGUUUGUACUGAUACAGAUUGUUUAAUAUAACAAGCUGUGAUUAAUGUGGGGAACUGUUAGGGGGUAGGAUGAGGUAAGACUUGUGUCUCACAUACACACACACUGCCUCUUUGUUAAACCACUCAAGGACAUGUGUUCUGCUACAAAGAUGUCUGAGGUUGCUGACUCGAGACAAGUUGUAAAGAUAACAACUAAUGCCUGGCAACAGUGAAGCGCCAAGGGUCUGGGACCAGCCUGAGAGCCAACGAUAGGCUGAGUAAGUCUAAACCACGCUCAGUCUCUACUCUGAUAGGCCAGCAGGGAGCAGGAACUAUCUCUGUCAGAGUAUUUAAAGAGGAACUUAUAACAAUGGCUCAGUUCUCUGACUGCCCUGCAUGGUGUUUCAGUGGACCCGUACAUACGAACAUCAUAUUUACCGUUGAAGUGUUUUGCAUCUAAUUAAAAUACUAGUCUAUUUUAGAAGAUGUGUAUUGACCUCUUUUUGUUCCUAUACCAGAUUUGAAUUGACGCAACUUAACACAAUGUUCCAUCAUGCAUCAGACUGGUGCUAUGGUCCAUUAUGCAUCAGACUGGCAUCCCAAUCACGAAGCUGAAGUUGGCUACAGUGAGGGAAAAAGUAUUUGAUCCCCUGCUGAUUUUGUACGUUUGCCCACUGACAAAGACAUGAUCAGUCUAUAAUUUUAAUGGUAGGUUUAUUUACACAGUGAGAGACAGAAUAACAACAACAAAAAUCCAGAAAAACGCAUGUCAAAAAUGUUAUAAAUUGAUUUUGCAUUUUGAGGGAAAUAAGUAUUUGACCCCUCUGCAAAACAUGACUUAGCACUUGGUGGCAAAACCCUUGUUGGCAAUCACAGAGGUCAGACGUUUCUUGUGGUUGGCCACCAGGUUUGCACACAUCUCAGGAGGGAUUUUGUCCCACUCCUCUUUGCAGAUCUUUUCCAAGUCAUUAAGGUUUCGAGGCUGACGUUUGGCAACUCAAACCUUCAGCUCCCUCCACAGAUUGUCUAUGGGAUUAAGGUCUGGAGACUGGCUAGGCCACUCCAGGACCUUAAUGUGCUUUUUCUUGAGCCACUCCUUUGUUGCCUUGGCCGUGUGUUUUGGGUCAUUGUCAUGCUGGAAUACCCAUCCACGACCCAUUUUCAAUGCCCUGGCUGUGGGAAGAAGGUUCUCACCCAAGAUUUGACGGUACAUGGCCCCGUCCAUCGUCCCUGUGAUGCGGUGAAGUUGUCCUGUCCCCUUAGCAGAACCCCCCCCCCCCCCCCCCCCAAAGCAUAAUGUUUCCACCUCCAUGUUUGACGGUGGGGGAUGGUGUUCUUGGGGUCAUAGGCAGCAUUCCUCCUCCUCCAAACACGGCGAGUUGAGUUGAUGCCAAAGAGCUCGAUUUUGGUCUCAUCUGACCACAACACUUUCACCCAGUUCUCCUCUGAAUCAUUCAGAUGUUCAUUGGCAAACUUCAGACGGGGAUGUAUAUGUGCUUUCUUGAGCAGGGGGACCUUGCGGGCGCUGCAGGAUUUCAGUCCUUCAUGACGUAGUGUGUUACCAAUUGUUUUCUUGGUGACUAUGGUCCCAGCUGCCUUGAGAUCAUUGACAAGAUCCUCCCGUGUAGUUCUGGGCUGAUUCCUCACCGUUCUCAUGAUCAUUGUAAUAAUAAUAAUAAUAUAAUAUGCCAUUUAGCAGACGCUUUUAUCCAAAGCGACUUACAGUCAUGCGUGCAUACAUAUUUUUUUGUGUAUGGGUGGUCCCGGGGAUCGAACCCACUACCUUGGUGUUACAAGCGCCGUGCUCUACCAGCUGAGCUACAGAGGACCAACUCUCCACAAGGUGAGAUCUUGCAAGGAGCCCCAGGCCGAGGGAGAUUGACAGUUCUUUUGUGUUUCUUCCAUUUGCGAAUAAUCGCGCCAACUGUUGUCACCUUCUCACCAAGCUGCUUGGCGAUGGUCUUGUAGCCCAUUCCAGCCUUGUGUAGGUCUACAAUCUUGUCCCUGACAUCCUUGGAGAGCACUUUGGUCUUGGCCAUGGUAGAGAGUUUGGAAUCUGAUUGAUUGAUUGCUUCUGUGGACAGGUGUCUUUUAUACAGGUAACAAACUGAGAUUAGGAGCACUCCCUUUAAGAGUGUGCUCCUAAUCUCAGCACGUUACCUGUAUAAAAGACACCUGGGAGCCAGAAAUCUUCCUGAUUGAGAGGGGGUCAAAUACUUAUUUCCCUCAUUAAAAUGCAAAUCAAUUUAUAACAUUUUUGACAUGCGUUUUUCUGGAUUUUUUUGUUGUUAUUCUGUCUCUCACUGUGCAAAUAAACCUACCAUUAAAAUUAUAGACUGAUCAUGUCUUUGUCAGUGGACAAACUUACAAAAUCAGCAGGGGAUCAAAUACUUUUUCCCCUCACUGUACUUAGGCUAUUCAAAAUCGGCAGAUUCAGCACUGACCGAUGUAAGCCAGUUGGAGGAGCGAUGGUUGGAUGUAGUUAGCGAACUGUAGUUGUGCUUGGCUAACGUUAGCUAUUGCAACAGUGACUAGCUACUUGACUGCAACACAGUAACUACAUAACAGUAUUUUGUGAACCUUUUGUUUUGUGUUUUGAUACCGUAAUGCAACAAUACUUUGUCAUGUAUUGCAGGUUCCCACUAGCACGGCCAGACGUGUGUGGAAAAUGGGUUGCAGCCAUGAGGAGAAACAACUUCAAACCCACCAGAUACAGUAAUAUCUGCUCUCAGCAUUUCACUAAAGACUGCUUCAAACCAGAGUGCAACAACCGAGUCCUGAAGGAGAAUGCUGUACCUUCGCUGUUCUGUUUCAGUAAACUACAAAUCAAGGUAACACAUAAAGGAACCUGUAGCCUGGUCUCAGAUCUGUUUGUAGGACUUGGCCAAUACCUUUGGUCAUUGCCACACCUAUCACGGCCUGGUCUCAGAUCUGUUUGUAGGACUUGGCCAAUACCUUUAGGCAUUGCCACACCUAUCACGUCUGGUGUUACAAUUUGCAUGACAAUGACCUGAUAAGUUGACAAGACAGAACACAUCUGGCACCAGGCUGGGGUACGUAUACCAAACUAUCAAACAUUGAAUUCUUUAGAUUUGUACUUACAUUUUGUACUUUAUUAUUAUUUUUCAUAGGCAGAGUCCUUGGCGGACCCGUUCCCUCCAGAGAUGGACUUCCCUCUGACCCUCCCCCUCCUCUCUGACCCAGAAGAGACCCAGCAGGAGGUACAGACAGAAACGCAUCAGACUGUAGACCCCCUGCCCCUGGUAGAGAACCUUCCCCACAGCAUGUCCGUCUCCUGCGACCACAACUACACCGUAGAGGACACGGUUCAGCAGAAGAAGAGGAUCGAACAGCUGGAGGAACAGCUGGACAAGCUGAGGAAGAAGUUAAAGACCGUACAGCAGAAGUGCCGGAGGCAGGAGAGACAAUUGAAGAGGUUUAAGGCUAUCGGAGAGUUCCAGAGGGCGAACAGGGACCAGGCGCUAGGGGAGGGAUAUGUGAUUCUACCCAAACAGCUUUAUGAUGUGCUCAAAGGGAUUGACCCCGUAGAGGGCCUGUGAAGCCCCAAAUACACCUAGCCUGGGCGCCAGUCUGUUUGUGCAAUGGCAAACAAUGGCUUGACUAUGAGCAAUGGAGUUGGCAAGACCACAAACCGAUCUGGGACCAGGCU